CCCAAGCUUUGCUGAAUACGUGGGUGAGGUGCUGUUCCGCGCGCCUUCGCUUCGCAGCGCGUGGGAAUCCCAUCACGGGGACAGAAGCGACUUUCAGCGCGUGAAGGGGACCUGCGACGGCUCGUCGAAAACACCGCCAUCGGAAACACCGCUGUCAUAUCCUCAAUUUAUGAGUACAAGGGAAGGAAACAUUGCGGCUGUGUGUCAGUGGUGCUUGAAAGAGAAUAACCUGUGGAUUUCUUUGCGAAUGACGUAUAUUUGGUGGCCCAUAGCGCCUAGCAAUAUUUCCAAUAACGCUUUGGAGAGCGUGGAAGGGUGUAAACUAUUCACCAGCAGCCCUCUCCAGAAAGCCUCUCCGCUUUUCCAGCUCACGCUGUAAUGGAUCUGAAAGAAGACGCAGAGGAAAUGGACCGCAACCAGCCGCCUCCGAUAGAAGUUUUCGCAGGUACUUCAACGCUACACGGAAUCUCGCACAUCUUCUCAUACGAACGCGUCUGCGUCAAGCGCUGCCUGUGGGUCGUGUUUUUCCUGGGCUCUUUGACUUUCCUGGUGUGCGUGUGCGUGGACCGCGUACAGUUCUACCUAGAGUACCCACACGUCACCAAGCUGGACGAGGUGACCACACCGAUGCUGACGUUUCCUGCUGUCACCUUCUGCAAUCUCAACUCCUUCCGCUUCAGCCAGGUGACGCGGAACGACCUGUACCACGCCGGAGAGCUGCUGGCGCUGCUCAACCGCAGGUAUGAGAUCCGGGACACACACCUGGUGGAGGAGAGCGUUCUGGAGACGCUGAGGGUCAAAGCCGACUUUCACAACUUCAAGCCCCGCCCCUUCAACAUGCGCGAGUUCUACGACCGCGCGGGUCACGACCUCAGAGACAUGCUGCUGUCCUGCCGAUACCGUGGUACGCUGUGCAGUGCGGAGGACUUCCGAGUGAUCUUCACGCGCUAUGGGAAGUGCUACAGCUUCAACACAGGACAGGACGGGCGCCCCCUGCUGGUCACCACCAAGGGCGGGAUGGGCAACGGGCUGGAACUCAUGCUGGACAUUCAGCAGGACGAGUACCUGCCUGUGUGGGGGGAGACAGACGAGACGUCAUUCGAGGCUGGGAUUAAAGUUCAGAUCCACAGUCAGGAGGAGCCACCCUUCAUCGACCAGCUGGGCUUCGGUGUUGCACCUGGGUUCCAGACAUUCGUCUCCUGCCAGGAGCAGCGGCUGGUGUACCUCCCUCCUCCAUGGGGGGACUGUAAGGUGACUCCCAUGGACUCGGAGUUCUUUGAUACCUACAGCAUCUCUGCCUGUCGCAUUGACUGCGAGACGCGUUACCUGGUGGAGAACUGCAACUGUCGCAUGGUACACAUGCCAGGAGACGCUCCGUACUGCACCCCAGAGCAGUAUAAAGAAUGUGCGGACCCUGCGCUAGACUUCCUGGUGGAGACGGACAGUGACUUCUGUUUGUGUGAGACACCGUGUAACGUGACACGCUACGGCAAAGAGUUGUCCUUCGUCAAAAUCCCCAGCAAGGCUUCAGCCAAGUACCUCGCCAAGAAGUUCAACAAGUCAGAACAGUACAUUGCUGAUAAUAUCCUGGUGCUGGACAUUUUCUUCGAGGCCCUGAACUACGAGACAAUCGAGCAGAAGAAGGCAUACGAGGUGGCGGGGCUGCUGGGUGACAUCGGGGGUCAGAUGGGGCUGUUCAUUGGGGCCAGCAUCCUCACCAUUCUGGAACUCUUUGAUUACCUGUAUGAGGUGAUAAAGUACCAGCUGUGCCGCUGCUCCCAGAAGAAACACAAGAGCACCAACAACAACGAGCGAGGCGCGGUUCUGAGCCUCGAGCAUGUCCAGCGUCACACCCCCUGUGAGAACCUCCACCCCCCACCAUUGUAUCCAGCCAAUGUGCUACCUCAUCAGCUUGGGCAGGGCAACUUUGAGGACUUCACCUGCUGAGCCAAUCACAGACGAAUAAGGGCGGGCACUGCCAGUUUGGGUCUUGAAUCAAAAUGUGAAAGAAUGCUCACCAUUGGAAUGGUGAUAUUACGAACACCUUAAUCAGGAUAUUACACCAUGUCAGCAAAGUAAGGAAGCAGCGGCCGUGUGAAAAGCAGCACCCGCGGGAAAGUGGAAUAUGUUGAACAGCGCUGCAGUGAAACAGCUUCCCCACAGCUGAGCUCUGUACAGCUGGAUUCUCACAGGACUCUGUACAGCAGAAAUGGGGAUGUGGACUGACUGUUGCUGGAGAGACUCAGAGUUGCUGCAGCUGGUUUCAGACAGUCCUGGUGCUGCAGUGUUUCUGAUGCAGCUGUCUGCUCCUGCACCGCUGUUGGGCCCUCAUGAGAAAACAUCUCUCAGGGCCGUUUAAACAACACCAAGCAACAGAAAUC